GAGGUUCGUAGCCCAAGUCGGACGAAUGAGCGGUCUCGGGCAGUGAUAAAACAGAAACGAUGGGGGCUCCAACGAUAUCGUUCUCGUUUGCAGGAUGGAGGGCCAUGCUUGCUCUUCGUUUCGAGAUCAGUUCUUCAACGGCUCGCUGGCGUUGAGGGGGAAGAGCAUCGUGGAUGGAGGAAACAUUGGAGGGGGACGGAGUCACGAUAUCGCUCUUACCCGCCUCCGCUGCAACCUGUUUCCAGAACUUGGCAAUCUUUCUUGCGUCUCGUAAAUCCCUGCGAGUCUUCAAAGUGAGACUCAAAGAGGACUUGUAUUCGUCGGGGGUACGCGACCCAGCAACUCGAGGAACGAUCGAAGACCAGGCACUGCCUGGAUCGGCGGCGGCUUGCUUGAUGGCGUCAACAAGAGCUUGAUCGGGAUCGAUUCCAGCCCGCACGGCUGCCUCGAGGUACCUUUCAUAGUGCAUAAGUUUUUCUUGAAGCGCUCGAAGAUCUGCUCUUUGAAAAUGAGAUUCGCGCUCAAGGACAGAGUUCUGAUGCAGUG